AUGUUUGAUGUAUUAUACAGGUUUGUCGAAAGAUGGAGGGCAGCUUCCUCAUUAGAGGAGGAGCGUGCAAUAUUUGAUGACUCAAAUCCUAUGGAUACCUCAAAGGACGGUGAUAACAUAGAGCCCGAUUAUACUCCACCUGAGCACCCGUCAGAGCUUCUCAGUUCUAAGUACGAGCCCGAUGAAGACGAGGACGACACUACCACCUCAAUAGAGACCUCACCACCUUGCCCCACUCCUUUCCAUUGGUCUUACAUGACACCCGUGGGUACUUGGGUGAAGCAUACCCUGAGGAAGGCUGCUGUUACCUCCUCAUGGAAGAGGGCGGCGUCCCUACCAGCAUCACCACUACCAGCAAAGAAAUCCCGUGGAGACUCCAUUUAG